AGCCCGCGCUUGCGGACGACGGGCGUGAAAACCAGCCCCCGAUCAUCCCCCGUUGCACGUCGUCUCGAGGUCCCUCGAUUCUCUGUGGUUUCUGUCAUCCCCCGUCCCCCGUGGUCCCUCUUCCCCGCGCGAGAGUGAACCGACAGCUCGUGGGGUCCACGCUCGUGAUCGUUGUCGGCCGACCUCCUCCUCGUCGCCAUCGUCGUGAUCGUCGCGGUCGCGCUGCCGCGUCCUCGUCAUCCGUUAUCAGCCCUUUCUCUCCCCUUCUGUUCCUGGUCACCUCCGCUCGCUCGCUCCUUCGCUUAAUCGCGGGAUAUCGCGUAUCGUAUAGCGCGGUGGUGGUGCUGGUGUUGGUGGUGGUGGCCGUCAUCGGUAUGAACGAUGAUGGACGUGGAGGAGACCAAUACGGCGUCCACCGCCAGCUCCUCGCCGAGACCUUCCAGCCCUGCCGCGGACUCCACUUUCAUCAGCGUGAAGAAAGAACCCACGGACGAGCCCAGCAGCCCUUUGGAGGCCACCAGUCCCGGUUCCAUCCUACGCAACAACAACGAGCAGCAUUACGCAGCAGCUGAUUCCAACAGUUCGACGCCCGCUAAGAGCUUCGUACCCUGCAAGGUCUGCGGUGACAAGGCGAGCGGCUAUCAUUACGGCGUUACCAGCUGUGAGGGUUGCAAAGGCUUCUUCAGGAGGAGCAUACAGAAGCAGAUAGAAUACAGGUGCUUGAGGGACGGCAAGUGUCUCGUCAUCAGAUUAAAUCGGAACCGUUGCCAGUACUGCAGAUUCAAGAAGUGCCUAGCCGUCGGCAUGUCCAGAGACUCCGUGAGAUACGGCAGGGUGCCGAAACGCUCGAGAGAACGCGGUCCCGAGGACACGAUGGCGACGACCAUGACGACGACGACGACGACGACGACGAUGGCGGCCAUGGAGAUGCAGCAACUAAGCACGCCCGACACCGGCAACAACAACGCCAGCAACAAGAACAACAAUAACAACAACAACAACAAUAACAAUAAUAACAACAACAAUAACACCCAGAGCCAGAACGCGAUCUCGCGGGUACCGUCAGCGGCGGUGGUCGAGGCCGAUCAAUCGGACGCCGACGUGAAGCAGCUGGCCGUAUACGAUGUGAUUCAUCAGGUCUCGCAGGCACAUCACGCUCACUGCGGCUUCACGGAAGAAUCCACCAGGGGCCUCACGAGGAAACCUAUGAUAAUACCGGCGAGUAAUUCUUCGCAGCCCGCGAGCCCGGAAGAUCCGGAAGCGGCAUCCUCGACCGCGGAGACGGUCGAGUCGCAGAGGAUCUGGCUGUGGCAGCAAUUUGCCACGAGGGUGACCCCGUCGGUGCAGAGGGUGGUGGAGUUCGCGAAACGAAUGCCGGGAUUCUGCGAACUCUCACAGGAUGACCAGCUGAUCCUAAUCAAAGUCGGCUUCUUCGAGGUGUGGCUCUGCCACAUCUCCAAGAUGACCACCGACAACUCGAUGACCUUUGAAGACGGCACCUACUUCACCCGCCAACAGCUGGAGCUGAUGUACGAGCCCGACUUCGUGACUGCGCUGAUGCAAGUCACGUCGUCGCUGAACGCCCACCAGCUGACGGAUACCGAGCUGGGCCUAUUCUCGGCGGCGGUGCUGCUGAACGAGCGGCCAGGACUGAACGACGUCAAGGCCGUACAGAGGCUGCAGGAUCGCGUACUGGAAGCAUUGAGGGUGCAAGCAACGCGACCUUCCGGCGAGAGUGCCGGCGGCACGGCCGGAACCGCGAUCACCAACGUCUCGCAGAGGAUACCCGAGCUGAGAGCGCUCGGCGCCCGGCACGCCAAUCUCCUGGAUUGGUUCCGUAGGAACUGGACGAAGCUCAAGUUACCGCCGCUGUUCGCCGAGAUAUUCGACAUUCCCAAAUGCGAGGAGGACUUACAAUGAAAAGCAGCCUCUGUAAGCGACAGCGAGGUAAUUCGAGACCAAUGAUGCCGCGGUGUCGGCGAGAAACCGAGUCGUCACCAGCGCUUAUCGGGGCCGUUCUGAAUACUUAGAAUCGUUCGUUUUAACUCAUAGAGUUAUCGAAACCCAUCUGACACGACACGAGAUUCGAACUGCGAAUUGAGGAACGGUUGAAACGAGGAAUGACGCAUGCCUGUGAAGAUUGUCUGUGUGUCACAAAGGAUAUUGAAAAAUUAAAAGAAAAAACGAAGACGCGACUGUCGACGUCGAUUCUCGUUGACCUGUCGCGAGAUAUCUCGGUCGUUCAAAGUCAGUAAGGGAGCAUUCUCGAAAAUCGAGGAAUCGCGAAAGACUUGCCGUACCCGAAAAUUCAAAGGGAUGAAGGAAGAGAAUUACGCAAUAUUAUAUAUCGUCGACGAUUUGAACAGCGAAAACCGAGCAGUGGACCCUUACCGUGAACUUCUCGCGGCGAUCUCUUUUAGGGAGCUCCCCCAGGAUGUUUUGAUCGCUCCGCUCAGCGGAUAAUGGAGGAUGAUCUCAAGAGAGAGAGACAGAAGAAAAGAUCACCUUAAAAGGGGCUGCGCAAGCAAUAAGACGGAAUCUCCUCUAUACGAGCGCCGCGCAAGCUCGGAGGAAAUCACAGGCGCAAUUUGCUCAAAUUUAAUGGAAACGGCUUUGUACUAUUCGCCAGGCAAUAGCACACACGCAUUACGGUAGGCGCGUCUCCCAAGAACGGGCGUAUAUAUGGUACUUGAAAUACUCAGUUGACGAUGAAAGGAAUUUUCGCGCCGCUUUGCCAACGAGCCAAGUAAGGGUUGGCUGUUUUGAGGACGCGAUGAGAGAACAAGCACAAAAUAAGCGUAAUAGAGUCAUGGACGUCCGUUCGUGCUCAAGAUUCUGUGGUCUUUUAUUUUUUUUUCUUUUCUUUCUGUAUCUUCAAAUAAUUCUAAGAUUUAAGAAUAUAUAUGUAUAUAUACAGCGUGCGCAGUACACCCGUCUGAGCGGCUAGAAUGAAAAUCGGCCAAAUGAUAGCAUCAGAAACACCAACUAUACUCAACGGACAUAUCAGAAAUUAAGAUUACAAAGUGUUCCCUCGUGUAUUAAGCGUUGCCGAGCACGUACGUGUCUCUUGCAGGUAUCGCGGCCAGCAUAGUUGCAACGAGUUCGAAUUUCGAUGUUGUCGCGAGACGCGUGAAAAAGAAUUUGUUUCACGAUGUAUUUCACGGCGAAUGAAAAGAGCUUAACAAAUUUCUCUUCGAAAGAAAACAGAAUAUCGGAUGUUUCUUAUUUUAUUUGUUACAAAUAUAAUUAAAAUUCAAAUAUUAAAAAGCUAUGAGCCAAGCAAAGUAUAUAUCUAUGGGAUUAAAACUAUAUUUAAUAUAAAAAUUAAAAAGUACAAAAAGAAUAGAUAUUUCGACUUUACAUUAAGUCAUUCUCAAUGUUAUAUAUUAAUUAAAAAUUGACAGUAAAUAUUACAAUGUUAUUUUUUUAAAUUUAUUAACAACACUUACAAUUAUAUUUUAUAGUUAUAUACAUUUAUAAUAGGACAGAUGCUUUAAUUAUAUAUUGGUACUUGUAAAACUAUUAUGUAAAGGAUUUAAAUUCCACUCAUUAGAUUCUUGAAUUGCUAAUUGACCAAUCGAGAUACAUUUUUUCCAACAUCGAAAGUCAAACUUGUUACCGUUUUCAAUCCCCGAUUCGUUGCGACAACGAGAUGAUAAUGAAUGAUUGUACAGCCGCGUAAAUCUAACGAAACACGCGUGUACGAUUGAGCAGCAAGGCUCGCGCGACAUAAGUGCGAAGCAUACAUAUACGCAUACAGCAGCUAUGAGCUUACGUGUGUAAUUAAAGGCGCGUGGGCGCUGAGAGGAAAGCAUAUACAAAUUUCAUUGCUGUAAGGCUCGAGAGAAAAUCUUUAUAGAACGUAUCUUCUUAUAGGCGCAUCUGCUACGAAUUUCAAUCUAUGCAAUCUCUAUUUUUAUUACUCGACAAAUAGAAUAGCGAAUUAUAUCUCGAUAUAUACAUAUAUAUAAUUAUAUAAUUAUAUAUAAUUAUGUAAUUAUAUACAAUUAUAUAUAGAAUUAUAUACAUAUAUCGUCGCGCGACGCUUCGGGAGGCCGUUCCGGGCGGAAGCGCGCAAGAAAGCGUACCAGAACGCAGAAACGGCGAUUCGGAUUAAAGUUCCUCAAUUAAUCGCGCGGAAAAUUAAUUGCACGUCUACUUGUCGCGGCGAAACCGUGUCUGUGAUCUGUAAACUGCGCAACCCUCCUCCCGAGAGAGAGAGAGAGAAGACAGCGAACGCGAACGCGACGAGUCCAGCACUUUACACGUGCGUACAAAAAUCUGCGGAACAACGCGUAUCGGCGAUACAUGUGCAUACACACGAUACUCAACACACACGCACGUACACACACACACACACGCAACGUCCAGGGAACUCUAAACAUGAACUCGCAUUUCCGCGCGGAACGAUCCUGCGGCGAGCGCGACCGAACUCUUCAAACUUUAAACACUAAUAAACUUUCUGACAAUGACUAGCGUAUAAUGCAUAACGAUAUGUAAUCGCAGAGAGCAUGCGCGCGCGCGCGCGCGCGUGUGUAUGUGUAUGUGUGUGUGUAUGCGUGUGUGUGUGUGGGUGUGUGCGUGCGUGUGCGUGCGACGUGUGCGCGCGAGAGUGCAUCGAAAUACUCAUCCGUGGAAUAAGAGAGCAGAAAAAAAAGAAGUUUAUUGAUAUAGAUAUCACUGUUUUACCUAUAUAUGCCGGGCGUGCUUAAAGUAACGACAUUGAAACCCGGUUUAUUAUAUCGCUAUCACUCAAAUCGAAACGAGGAAGAAAUGAAGACGCCCUGUCCUUGCGAUAUUCAAGGAAGAAUUUUCAAUUCUUUAUCACUCUCUCUUUUUCUCGCUCUUUCUCACUCUUUCUAAGCGCUCACAUCAAGUUGUGAAUAAACAUAUCAUACUUAAUUAAUAUAUUGGACAAAGAGGAUAUCACCGUUUAAUAUAAUAUAAAUAUAUAUAUAUACAGAUAUAUAUAUAGGAGAAAUAUAUAUAUGUAUAUUACAAAGGAACAUUAUAUUGAAACUAUAUUGAAGCAAAAAAAAAUAAGUAGCUGUUAAUUAACACGUUAAUGUCAAGCGAAUUGCAAGGUAGGACAUAUCGGUGAUUACAACGCAACGAUCACGAUCACGUGGUAGUGUUCUCUCGCUUUUAUAUUUUAAUCGUAAUCGGCAAUCGAAGGUCUCUCUCGUGAUUCAAUAUAAAGUCGAGCGUGCGUGACUUGGCGCUUAUUGAUCGUCAUAUUGUUUCCGCUUUUAUCCGAUCAUUGCGAUGCGAGAAAAAUGUCGAUUAAAGUUUCACAGUUUCGUAUGAAAUUUCGAGAGAGAGUAUCUCUGAUAUCCUGAGAUCUUUGAAAUCGCGAAUGUCAAAUCCGGAAUCGACAGAGCGACACGAUCGAUGUUCGUUGGUUAAAAAUUGAGAGAAAAGGCUGUGAGAGAAUUUCAGUGCAAUGUGCAAUAUUGGCAAUAUAAUUGUCCAAUUUUGAAAGACGAUCGAAAAGAGGAAAUGGAGAAAGGAAUAAAGAGAGAAAGAGGACAAAAGCGUAAAAAAUGUAAAUAAUGAAAUAAAAGAUAAAGAAUUUCCUAAAUAUUAAUUUGCUUCUUAUAUCAGUGACUUGAUGCAAAUUAAAAAUGAGAAAUUAAUAAAUAAACAAUAUAAGAGUGGAUAAAUACUAUAAAUAUUACCACUUUCUUUCGAGAUCGACAUUUUUCUCUCCGGUACGUCACGGUCGUACUCUUCAAAAUUUCUAGUCUCACGAAAAUUAUUCGCCGAGGUAGCAGUCGUGAAUUGAAGAGGUGUUCUGGCGAGCGUUGCUGGAAUAUAUAAUUAAACGGCCAAAUACGUCAUAGUAAUAAUAUAGCGUAAUAUUGUAUUAUUAUGGUAAAAAAAGCAAGAUAAUUCUCUAUUUGUCUGUCUUUUAGCGACGACGCCGGUCAAUCGUCUUUCGUCGUCCUUGCGCAGCGCCGAUAGUGUUCCUUCGUGUUCUUGCCGGUUGUCCGCACGCGAGUCGAUGAUGCUCCACUUUUAGGGACGCGUCCAGAUCCCUUUGCCCUGAUCUCGCCCUAGAUCUUUCGCUCCGAUCACCGGCAGUCCUUCGUUCUUCGACUUCUCGUAGCGUAAACUCGCGACGAUUGGCCGGUACGGUAAAAUAAAGGAAGUAACCCACACGACACGGAAAAAAAAAACGGAACGAUACUCGAGUUGAUGUAUUUUAAACCUCUCGAUACAGUGCAAGAAAGACCGAAUAGAAGCCGGACUGUAGGUGUUGAUGCGCAAACACUCGUACUUCAAUACGAGAUUGAGUUUGUCGAGAUCGAGCGAGAUCUAGAUUAUACUUUCCACUAUCUACAGUCUGGCUGUGAUCGGCCCUUGUCCUAUUAUCAUUUCAAGUCGAAAAGCCUCUCUUUAUUUUCUCUAUUCUUUUGAAAUUACUAAACCGACUUGAAGACACUCGAAGAGUUUGUCCUUCUCCGCCUUUUCAACUUCCCCAAUUUUCCCUUUUUUUUGUGUUCAGACAAAGACGCCCUCCUCCGCCAUUGCCUCCGUCUUUGAUUUUCUAAUUUCAUCUUUCGCUUUGUCUCUUCUUAAGUUUCAAGAUUCGAGAUUUCGGUCAUGGUGCUAUAGUAUCUGUAUAUAUACAAAUCGUUGGUAUAAUCAAUAUUGUUACGAUUAAUAUUAUUGCGGUUAAAAUCCAAUUAUUAUCGCUGUGCUCCUCCCACUGCUAUUAUCAUUAUCAUCGAUAUGUUUAUUAUCGUUACUGCUACCAUUAUUACAACUAUCAUUAUGAUUAUAAUUAUUAUUAUUGAUAAUAAUAUUAUUAUUAUUUCUACAUUGAUUGUACUUAUUAGUAAUUCUAAUCUAUAUGGACGUUAAUCUAUAUCGUCAGUGGCGCUAUUUAAGUCAAGAAAAGGCAAAUGUUAGAAUGACGAUAAGACGGUUUAGAUGGUUUUUUAAAAUACUUUUAUGUAUUCCACCCGCAGUUGCUAAGACUACAUAAUAACCGCUCUCCGAUUUAAUACAGACUCCCAGUUACAUUUAUAUACCUGUUCUCCCCGACAUCAAAAGCAGUAACAUAUACAUCCAUAAAUAUACAGGAUGGCGACAAAUUUCUUGGAAUCAAUUUUUCCUUGAUUUAAUUCACCAGUUCAAUUUUAUUAGUUGAAUUUUAUUUUGUCUUUGACUUAUGUAUGCAAAUUAAAUUUUAAUAUUUGUUGAAGUGUUAUUUUGUUUGAAUCCAUUUAAAAUCAUCUUAGAAAUAAAACAUUAUUAUCUAUUUAUUAAUCACAAAAUUUAAAUUGCGAAAAGUUGUAUAUUUCCAAGUACUCUGACGUUUAUGUUUUUAGAGAUUUAAAAUUAAUUAAAAAAAAAGGAAUUUAUGUUAAUGAUUUUAUGUUAAUGACUCAAAUAAAUUCAUCCUGUAUACAUGUAAAGACGCUUGAAAAAGAAAUGCAAACAUUGCGAAAAAUGAAAUCGUUAACAAAUCGCGAAAAAAUAUCGUUAUAUAAGACUCGUUUACAUUCGAGAAGUUUUUUAUUCUUUAAUGAAGAUAAAACUGAUUUGGAAAACUGCUCGAUUCAAAUACUCGAUAUAUGUUACCGAAUGUUUAAUUUAUAUCCUCUUUAUCAAGCGACUUAGACGUACAGUGCACACAGUGGUCGACGUAUAAAAAGUGAAUACUGUGAUCUCAUAAAAUUAAAAAUGCUUCGUAUUUUUCAAAAUAAAAAAUUUUUUUUAAGUCCGUCUUACACUUCUGUUGAAAUUAAUAUUGUUAUUGUUUAAAAGAGAAUAUUGCUUUUGUUUAUAGAAAAGGAUACAUAUCAAUGUAUUAAUCUUCGCAUUAUUAAGAUACUUUGUAAAAUAAGAUGUUACAUAAAAAUCUCUUGUCUCUUUUGUCUCUUUGCGCGAAGAAAUGAGCCGAAUUUUAAUAAACGUUUGUUGCUAUUUACAUACAUGCUCACCACUGUAUUUGUACGUGCAUAUUACAAAGUCACCCCCAGUCAUCACGCACUUUCUCGCGACUUUGGAUCUGGCGAAAGUUUUGUCUAAUUGAUUCUCAAAUUAAUAUUUUGUUGAAAUUGGCUUGGAAAUUAUAAAAUACCGUUUUCUACUUGCAAAUUUAUAGGUCGAUUCACAAAGAAUACAUUUCAUUAAUACAACAAAAUGAUUAUUUAAAUCCUGCAAAUUUUUAAUUUUUUAAUUCUGUGUUGAAGUUUCUGAGACGAAAUUCCAACACCUAUUCGCAAUUGAAGAAAAAUGUAUGACACUCAGAUUACCAUGUACACAUAGACAUCAUUUAAAAAAAUAAAGACGAUGGCGACAACAAGGAUAAUGAUAACGGUGGGCGAUAUCGGCGUGCCAAGGGAGGCGGGAAUUAUUCUUAAAAAAAUAUAUAUAUUACAUAUGUAUGUAUAAAAUAUAAUAUAAACGAAGAAGUAUAAAAUAUAAUAAAACGAUAUUAAGGGUAACUACGACAAAAAAUGACUGCUCUAUACUGCUAAAGUACAAAUGUUUUCAUUUAGUUGUUUUAUAAGAUGAUAUCGAUUUGUUAGGACCCGCGUUUGUGUCUCGCAUUUAACGCUAAACGCAACUGUCGCGGAUGGAAUUUUGUCUUAUCUCAUAAUGAAAGUUGCGUAUAGAAUGUUAUAUGAGAUUAAGAAUUUAGAUAUCUGCGUACAGAGAAUAUUAGAUAUGAGAUAUAAACGCGGGUCUAAGUUUAUAGCGCGUCGGCUUGAGCACACAUACAUAUAGUCCGGCGCGUGUAUAUGUAUAUCUGUAUUUAUUUGUUAAUCUUUAAACGUGUGACUUGCUGAAGUCGCGCGUGUAUAUUCAUACACAGGAUAUCGCAAAAAUUGCAUUGUUUUUAUCGAACCUCUAAACCAUCGCGAUAUGUUUUUUAUUAGCUUAAAGCGAAUUUCUUAUAAAUUUUUGCAAACCAUAAUUAAUUUUUCAUUUUUUCUAAUAAUAAAUCGUCAAAUUAAAAUUCAGAUAGAAAAGUUUGUUUAAAAUGAUCAUUAGAAUGCUAACAUCGUCUUUUUCAAGUUUAAUUCACUUUUUGAUUGACAUUUUAUUUACAGAUUUUCGAAUUUAUUUAUGAAAGAAAGUUUUCAAAUUUAAUCGAAUCGCAAGGAGGUAAACCCCGCAUAUUUUUGUAUAUCCUGUGUGCAUAAAGCAUACAUUCAUACGCACACAUACACGCAUAUCACGUAACAUAUUCUUCUACUGCUAUAUUCAAACGCAUUAUGUGCAUCCACUUUCGUCCAUUUCACAAAAUAUAUGAUAAUAAUGUUUGAUUUUUUAUCGAUAAUCGUAGCGUCAUACAGCGACAUUCCAACUGAAUAAACAGAUUUUUAUUUAGAGUUUAUGAAGAAAUACAGAGUAAUUCAAAUCUAUGUCGCUCGAUUGCGUAUUGUGAAAUAAAAAUAAAAUCCUGAUUAACUGAUGUAUACAGUAUCUAUACGAUAAAUAUUUUUAUAUUUUAUUCUCUGUAUGAAUAUUGUAUCUUCUUAAAGUAUUAGACAAUCAAAAAGUGUCUUUAAAAGAGAAUUUCCACCGAAAUGGAAAAAAUAAUUUCGCCAAAUUAUAUUAAUUAAUUUUAAGAAUGUAUUUAUAUAGAACAGAAAAGUGUCUAAUAUAAUACAUUAAACAUUUUUUAAUUACAAAUUGAAAAUCUUUCAUGCUGGUUGCUUGAUAAUAAUAAGUGAUAUAUUUCACAUAUAAUGAUUAAAAAGGAAACAUUUAUAAAAUUUCUCUAUUAUCUUAUUUUUUUUUAAAUAGAAAUUCAAAUUUAGCGACAUGUUUGAAUUACCCUGUACGGUUGUUUACUGACGAAAUUACAGCGUCUUAAUUUUCGCAAUUUCCGUUAGAGAUAUCUAUCGAACGACCACCGUGUGUUUGUGUGUGUAUGUGAUUUCUCUCGAGUGUGCAUGUGAAUGCAUGACGUGUGUGCGUACGCGCGCUCGCGCGCGCGUGUGUGUUUUGUGUGUGUGUGUGUGUGUGUGUCGUCAGUUUUAAUUAAUAUUCCACUUACAACAUUUCAAAAAUAAUAAUAUGCUUGCGGCGUAACUUGUCAUUAUAAAAUACGGAUCUUUUUUUCUGUACCAGAGAUCUUAGAGCGAGUGCUGUAGGAACGAUUAGAUUUACAUUUGUUAAUUUAUAUUAUAUCUGUAAGUGAGAAGUUUAUCGAUUUAUUGUCUUUCUCGCCCUCUCAUUAGAAUUGCUCGUUAUCAAUCUUGUCUCGUUAUAAUGCAACAUUGUAGUGUAAAAUGUAGCGAAGAUAACAUUCAUCAGUUUUCCAAAGUUGGAUGACUGCAGAAUUGUUUAUGUGGAAUCUCUCGCUUCGUUCUUCUCAUCAUCACCUCCGCUUUCUUCUACCCGUUAUCCGUCUACGAUUGAUAUUUCAAAAUCUUCUCUUGUUAAAGCCGAUUUAUCUGACAAAUACACUCGAAAAACUUGUGCCAAUUACGAGAUUAAUCAUUAAUACUAAUUCAUAGAGACCGAGAGGGAAAUGACGACGAUCCGAAGCUGAAAUCGAAGAGCUUACUUUCGAAGGCUUAAGAACAUAUCCUUUAAAAAAAAUGAAGAUUAUGUGCGUAGCAAAGCUACGUAAUACAUAAUUUGCUUUAGACAGUACAUUUAACAGUUCUAAAGGUAAACUCUUCGAUUGCAAUAUCACUGGCGGCGACUCUAUUUAAGUGAUCGCACAUAUCGAAAUACAUAUAUACUUUUUAAGAUAUCAAUGUUUAAUCGUCCCUAGGAUCCGGAAUCCCUAUGGACGUGUGUAAACUAAUGCAAAUUUUGCCUCCGAGAGGAUAGUGUAGCAUGGCAAUAAAAAAAAAGCGAUUAUAUGCUUUCUUCAAGCGUAUCUCUUUGUUUUACAUAUUUAAAAAAUUAGAACUAUCUCUUUCUCUCUUUCUCUUUCUGUCAUUAAAAAAAAUUCUGAUAACAUUUUUUAAAGCAGCGUAAGAAAAUGUGCAAAAAAAAGUAAAAAUAUUACAUAUAACAAAGAUUAUGUUUACUAGUGUUACUAUCGCGUGUUUUUCUAGUCCGCGAAAGAUUUGUGAUAUAUGUUUCAAAACGAUGCAUAAGAAAAAUUAUUUAUUGUUACAGCCGAUCUCCCAUGAUCAACGCAAUCCAUUUCGUUAUAUGAAAUUAAAGCGUACCUUGAAUGCGUUAUAUUCGACAUCAAGUAUCAUGAGUGAACUGUGAUUUACCCUGAAACUUAAUAUCGAACUUUUAUAUAUACCUAUAUAUAAACGAUCUGGAGAGAACGUGAUCCGCAAAGGCGGCUCCGAAGAUCUCUGUGUAUCAGUUUGAGAAAAACACAUACGGGUUUCUUGUAACAUCACCCAUUGUGAAAUACGUAUGGUGGUAAUGAAUGUUACGCUGUCUCGCUACAAUACAACUUACGCAUCGAAAAUCGUUAACGAUUAGCUGUUAAAAAAAUUUUAUGACUCGUGCUCUUCGAAAAUCGAUAUAUUUGGAUGUGUCUGUGUAAGAUAUAGGCAUGCACCUUUGAUUCUCUUCUCUCCGCAGAGAUUAGGAAGGAGCAUAACCAUCCGAUGAAACUUAGAAAGUGAAACUUAUGAAAUAAAACACAUACUUACAGAUGUACAUACAUACACGACGAGGUGAAAGAUACAUACACAUGCAUAUGCGUACAUGACACAACACACACACACACACACACACACACACACACACACACACACACACACACACACACACACACAUACACACGCUUCUUUUAUAUUAUAUGAUAUAGUGCGUUAAAUAUAUUUCAUUGUUAUGAGUUUACAACAAGCUCUAGGUAAGGAUUACGAAUCCGUAUCUCUCACUCUUUCUACCAUUAAGUUUACCAUUAUCAUAUAUAUAUAUUAUAUAUAUUUGAAUAAUAUAUAUUGUAUUAUCAUGAU